AUGUCAUCUAAUACUGGAGUAUUUGAUACUUCUUUACCUGAAACAAAUCGAUCAAUUCAAGUUAGUGAUCUGGAUGAACCAGAUUAUUAUUGUGAUAAAUUUCGUCAACAUUCAUUUUUAAAACAAAAAUCUAUUCGUAAUAAUGAAAUGAAUGUUAAUAAUACUAAUUAUCUUGAAAAACAAACAUCAAUAAUAUCUGAUUUAACAACACAAAUUUCAUCAAUUGAAUAUCGUUUACCAUUAUAUAAUAAUGAAAAUGAAUAUUAUAAUUUAAAUAAUACAACAUAUCAAUUAUGUGCAAUGAUUAUUGGUUCGGUUAAUUAUAAACAUAUUAUUAAACCACCAUAUGAAUUAUUUAAAUUAUUUUUAUAUAGUUUUCAUUCUUCAAAUACAGUUAAAGAUUUUAUUCAAAAUAUAUUUGAUUUUAAAACAUUGACACAAACAAAAACUAAAAUAUAUCCAAGUGUUUGUGUAAUUUAUCAAAAUCAUCGAUUAGAUCAAAAUGAAUAUCUUAGUACACAAGUUUUUCAAUCAAAUCUUAUUGUUUAUAUUCUUUUAAUUCCAACAAAUACAAAUCAAUUAGAUAAUAGAUCAUAUAAAAAAUCAUUAGAAUUUUAUGAUCCACCUAAUCUAUGUUAUACUUCAGAUAUUUAUAUACGAAUAUGUGAAAAAAAUCUAAAAAAUAAUUUUCAAAAAAAAAUGAUUCGAAUAAAAAAUUUAAAUCGUGAUAUAACAAUAAAAAAAUUAAAAAAUCAUAUUUGGAAAAUGUUAAAUAUUACUAAAGAAUAUAAUUGUAGAAUUUAUUAUUAUGGUUAUGAAUUAUUUGAUGAUGUACGUCCAUUAUCACCUGAUUUUACAUUAUUUAUUCAUCCGAAAAAUUUACCAACUAUUUUUGAUUUUGUUUUAAUUCAUAUUCAAAUAAAAUCAACAAUUAAUCAAAAUACUCAAUUAUCUUAUAUUCAUGUAAAUAUGGAAAAUAAUAUAUUGAAUGAUGAGAAUGAUAAUGAUAAUAGUACUGAUCUUUGGGAAACUGAUUAUGAAACUUUCUUUCGAAAUUAUGCUUUGAUUUAUUAUAUACGUCUUUGUAUCUAUGUUGCUAUUUCAAAUCGAAAUUCUAUGAAAAUGAAUGAUGAAUUAAUUGAAGAUGUUGAUUAUUUUCUAAGUGGCAAUUGUAAAAAAAGUAAUUGUUGUGAUUUAAAUGAAGUUCUAUUGGAUUUAUAUGAAUUUUGUGAUAAAGAUAAAUGUAAUAAACUUGAUAAAGAAGAAUGUGAAACUGGAUUAUUAAUAUUAUUUAAAUAUCUAAAUGAAAAUUUAAUGGAAAAUAAACUUAAUAUCGAAACUAUUUAUCCAUUAAUAAAUAAUAAUGAUGGAGAAGAAAAUGUUAAUAAUGAAUAUUAUUCGAAAGAAAAUUUUGAAAUGUUAAUUAUUGAUACAUUAAGUGAACAUGUACGAACUGAAAUCUUUCAAUAUCCUGAAUAUAGUCAAUUAAAAGAAUUUUCAUUUGAAAUAACAAAACAAAUUGAAUGUAUAACGGAUAAUAUAGAUAAUAUAUUAAAUGAUGAAUUAAAAUUUUUAAAUGAUAAUCAGAAAAAAAAUCCAUUUAUUAAAGAAGAAACAAUAAAAUAUACAUUAUUAUUUCUUUUUAGUUUAAUUAUUCUUCCAAUAACUAUUCUUAUUUUAUUAAUAAUUAAAAUACAAAAUUCUCGAUCUUUAUUAUUAUGUCCAAAUAGAUUUUUACGAUAUUUAAUUAUUUCAAUAUUAUUCUUAAUUAGUUUAUUAAUCUCAUCAAUGAUAUAUUUAAUUGUAUUAAAUGUUAUUUUUUAUCAUAUCUAUUCGAAAGAUAUAUUUAUUUGGAAAAUUAAUCUAUUUGAAGUUUAUUGUCCAUUAUUUAUAUUAAUUUAUUUGAUUUUUAUAUCUUAUGUUUAUUUAUUUGAUAAAAUAAUAUUAAAUUCAAAUGAAAAAAAAGACAAAAAGUUUCAAAAAAUUUAUAAUGAUGUUCAAAUUGAAAUACUUAAAUAUAAUAUUCAAAUAAGAACAACAAAUCAACAACAAAUUGAAAAUUUAUCAAAGAAUUGUUUUACUAAAAUUUAUAAAAAUGAAUUUGAAAAUGAAAAAUUUUAUAUAAUUAUAUUUAAAAUAAUUUGUUUUCUAUUAAUUGUUAGUUUAUCUAUACUUCAUACAUGUUUACCAAUUCUUUAUCGUUCAUAUUCAAAUGAAAAAAUUCAAUUAAAUCAAACAAAACCAUUUGAAAUUCAACUUAUUGAAAUAUGUUUUUUUAUAUUUGGUUUUCCUUUUUAUUUUCUAUUUAUUUUAAUGAUUAUUUAUGGAUUACAUAAAUAUGACAUAUUUUAUUAUAAAAUAAAUGAAAUGUUUCAAAAAAUUAGUAAUGAUGAUCAAUAUAGAUUAAGAAACAAAAAUUCAUAUGAUUUUAAUUUUAAAAUUCAGAAUCAUGUACAUUUAUUUAUACUUUUAUUAAAGCAAUUAUUUCAAAUUAAUCAAACAGUUGAAUAUCAAAUUGCUCGUCUUUCAUUAUUAACUGGAUUAAUUAUUAGUUUUAUUUUAAUUAUUUAUUCAAUAUUCAAUAAAUUCAAUCGACUUACAAAUAUAUUUCUAUUAUUUGAUAUUAUAUUAUUAUCAAUAUUAAUACUUAUUUAUUUAUUUCGUAUAUUAUCAAUAAACAAAAUGACACAAAUAAAAUUAAUUGAAAUAAUUAUGCGUACAAAAUAUGAAUCGAUUUGUAAAAUAUGUAAAUAUUCUCAAAUGAAUUUAAAUUAUAAUAUUGAUUAUUUAAAUUCAAUAAGUGAAUAUUUAAAUACAAAUAAAUAUAUUUAUUCAAUUCAUUUAUUUCAAUUUAAUAUUAAUCAAACAACGAUAUUUAUUAUUUUAAUAAUUACUAUUAUUGGGAUUAUGUCAACUUUAUUUCCUUUUAUUUAA